AUGCUCCAAGGAUGGCCAUGGACAAAGGCCUUCGUCUGGUGCUUACGUGAUGCCCUCUACUACGAUAACAACCCCGACUCCUUCAACGCCGCGCUCGUGACAAACAGCUCGCUGGCCGGCAUGGCGUUCAACAUCUUCUAUCCGUUUGUCUACAUCAUAUACCUCUCCGUGCAGUUUGCGAGGGUCUUGGUGGCACGCACGCUGCGGCUGCUGACGCUUGCUGGGGGGGAGAAGAAGAAGAAGCCUGAUGUUGCCCCGAAUCCCUGCUCGUUGUGCAGGUUGAAGAAUCGGCGAAAAAAGAGGCACUGUGACUACAGCGUCAGGAGAAUCCCGCCCCAUAUCUCUGAACCGUCAUCAGACUCCUUUCAGGAGGACUAUCUCGCAGUCCACGCAAUACCCUCAACACCAAAUCCGUACACCCUCCCGAUUUCCAACUUUCCAGCCCUUUACUUUGUCGAUCCGCCCGUCUUUCACAACCAUCACAUCGAGAUUCCCAGGCCAUCGGAUCGGCUGCCGAGCUACGUCGUCGGAGAGCUAGGCAGCUCACUCCAGCAUGAGUUUAUCGGCCGCCUAUUCUUUCACACCAUCCACACGUGGUUCCCCAUCAUCUCAAGGAAGCGCUUCUAUGACGACCUGCACGAGGCUUCUGACGGUCCCGGUGUUGCUGCCGACUUUGGCUACCUACUCCUGGCCAUGAAGCUGAUGACAUGGCGCCCGCCCUCAUUGGAAGGAGAUGCUCCCGCCGAAGGACCAUAUGCUCGCACGGCAACCUACCGCGCGGCAAAACAGUUUUGCUUCGAGCUCGAGGCAGCCGGGACGGUCUCUCUCCGGGUCCUUCAGGGGAUGCUCCUCGUCGCGCUGUACGAAGUCGGUCAUGCAAUCUAUCCCGCAGCAUUCAUGUCCGUGGCAGCGUGUGUACGAUAUGCACAUGCCUUGGGGAUACAGCCGGGAGGGAUGCAGAGGCUGAAGCUGCCGUUGACGUGGGUGGAGGAUGAGGAACGCAGGAGGAUCUGGUGGUCAGCCUUUCUCCUCGACAGAUUCGUCAGCCUAAACUGUCCAGGCUGCCCGGCGGCCAUUGACGAGCCCGGUCCACAGGAAGUCCUUCCGGCAGACGAUGCGCUGUGGGAUGAGGGCGUGAGUACCUCGCAGCCGAUGACCGUGGACGUUGCUAACGUUGGUCUUCAGGCUGAAGAAGUGCCCUCAUCUCCAGUGCUCAACAGUCCCGUCAGCAUGGAAUUCGGGAGGUUUGCAUUGCUGACACAAGCCUUUGUCCUGUUAUCCAAGGUGCUCAAGCUCGGGUCUACUUCACAGGAGACUUCUACAAAGGCCUUGAAAGAUGAGGCGCAGAAGCUGGAACGCACGAUCAAGGCAUUGCUCUACUUUGGCCAGAUGGAGGUCAAGUCGCGAAACGGAAUGCCGAGCUUUGAGCUUCACUCGGUCUGUACUCUAUCUUUAAUCACCUUGUACACGUCUACCAAGCUCCCCAUUGAUAUGCCAAUGAGAUUCAUCGAGUCUCUCGCCGACUUGCUGAGCAGCUCCAACUACGAGCAUCUCGUAACGGCAGCGCGCCGCGGAAGAGAUGAGAUCACGCCCUUUUUGGUGCAGCUUCUAUACCAGACUUCUGUACUGCUGUUGAAGACGGAAAAGCCCGCGAAUGGCGACUGGAGCGAUACGCGGGUAGAGAAGCUCAUGAGGAGAGAUGAUGCAGAGACUAACAAUCCGUGUGUCUGUUAG